AAGAAAGGGGGGAAUCAAUAGUGGAUGCACUUUCCUGUCCUAGCGAGCUGGGAAGUGGAUAUUGGCCUUGUGAGUUUAUUUGGGGAAGACCCGGAUCCUGAUGUAUGGAAGGAGCAACGGAUUGAAGGUGUAAAAGGCAGGAGUGAAUAUGGAGCAAGAGGGCCCAGCCAGACCUGUCCAAACGGAGAGAGUGGAGACAGGAGGAAAACAUGCCCACGUUGGGACCACCAGAGAGUUCCUGAUUGGGGCAGAUCCGGGUCAGAUUAAGCAGGAGCCUGAUGAGGGGCUGCACCCACACUGGGAUGCCCAAUGGCAAGACUUCCUGAAGACCAUGCAGUCGCCUCUCUCCAGAUGGAAAACUCCCGAGGUGCCUCGGGCCCAGCCUGGAGAUGGCCUGAAGGAAAUCCAGACCUCCUCUAAGGGAGCAGCUGAUGCAAGCCAACGGCGUAGAAGAGUGUGUGUCACCCAAACCCUGCCAGGUCUCGAUGGGAAAGCUCGGGAAGGUUGUGACAGCCUGAUUUCUUCCGUAAAAGUGAAGGAGGAGAUCCUGGAUGAGGACGAGACGGUCAGCUUGGAGGCAGAGCGCCAGCGCUUCAGGCAGCUCUGCUACGAGGAGGCUGAGGGGCCCCGAGAGGUCUUCAUUCAACUCCGAGAGCUUUGCUAUCAGUGGCUGAAGCCGGAGAGGCACACCAAAGAGCAGAUCCUGGAGCUGCUGGUCCUGGAGCAGUUUCUGAUCAUCCUGCCCCAGGAGAUGCAGAGCUGGGUCAAGGAAUGUGGUCCAGAGACCUGCGCUCAGGCGGUGGCCCUGGCUGAAGAUUUCUUGCUGCGGUUGCAGGAGGCUGAAGGACUGGAAGAAAGGAUCUCCUGGCCUUUGGAAGAUGCGGCUGUUAAUUCUCCCAAGUCAGAAAGGGAUCCCUCAGAAGCAGUGAACAUGCAGCUCUCAGCGGAGGCCGAAGAAGAGAGCGAUGAGGAGGUCAGCUUUCUGGGCAAUGAUCAAGCAUAUGAGAACGGGGAGGAGACUUUUAAGUUUGAAAGGCAUCCACAGGUGGGCAUCAGUGGUCUGUCGCUGGCAAGACUCAACGGGAAAUUUUUCCAGGUUUGUGAAUUGGAAGAGAUGCCUGGAAAUCAGCAGAGCCCAGGAAGCCGCCAAGAGAACCAGACAGCCAAGCCAAGUUUCCUCUGUGAUGAAAGUGGCCGAGGUUUUCAAGACAGGACCUUCCCAGAAGGAAGCCACAAGGCGAAGAGAAAAAAGACCGGCCCCAACUGGGGAAGCGUCCUGCGUCGGAGCCUGGACUUUCCUCGGAACCAGAAAAUGCAAAAGCUGCAUACGUGUACAUAUUGUGGGAAGAUCUCCAAUAACAGUGCACACAUGAUAAUACACGAGAGGACCCACACUGGUGAGAAACCCUAUAAAUGCUCAGAGUGUGGCAAAUGCUUCAGCACAAACUGUAACCUGAUGAAACACAUGAGAAUCCACACAGGUGAGAAGCCGUAUACAUGCUCCGACUGUGGCAGAAGUUUCAGUGACAAAGCAUCUCUGAUCGUCCAUGAGAGAACCCACACAGGAGAGAAACCAUACGAGUGUCCCAUGUGUGGGAAAAGUUUCACCUCCAGCUCCAACCUCAUCACACACAAGAGAGUGCACACGGGAGAGAAACCAUACAAAUGCUCCGACUGUGGGCAGAGCUUCGUCCACCGGCCGCAGCUGGUCAUACAUAUCCGGACCCACACGGGUGAGAAACCGUACGAGUGCCUGGAAUGCGGCAAAAGCUUCAAUCAGAAAGCGGACCUUAUUAUACACCGGCGAACCCACACUGGAGAGAAGCCCUAUGAAUGCGCUGAGUGUGGGAAAAGCUUCAUCUCUAGCUCCUACCUUCGGAAACAUGAACGGCUGCACACGGGAAAGAAAACGCAAGCGGGAGAAGAAACCCACAAGUGCAAUUAUUGCCGGAAGAGCUUCAUCAGCAGAUCCAAACUCCUGAUCCAUGAGAGGACCCACACAGGAGAGAAACCAUUUGAAUGUGCCGAGUGUGGGAAAAGCUUCAGCACCAGCUCAAACCUGGUCAAUCAUAAGAGGGUGCACACUGGAGAGAAACCGUAUCAGUGCUCCGAUUGUGGGCAGAAGUUCAGUACAAACUCUAACCUGGUCAAUCACCGGAGGGUUCACACGGGAGAGAAACCGUAUGAAUGCUCUGAUUGUGGGCAGAGCUUUGGUCACAAAGCAUCCCUUAGGAGACACAAGAGAAUCCACUCGAGAGAGAUCACCACAUGAGCACUCAGACUGUGGACAAAGCAUGGAUACUCGCUCUCAUCAUAGGCUGAAAGACAUUCAUCAUAGGUCAAGAGCAGUGUUCCCUGUAACAGAAUCCCAGAUGUUGUUGACUACAACUCCCAGCAUCCCUAGCUGCAAUGGCCUUUGUCUGGGGAUUAUGGGAGUUGUAAUCAACUUCUGGGAAUCCCUGUUACAGAGAACACUGGUCAAGUGUAAGCUGACUUCAGUCUCAUGGGGUUAAUUUUUUUUUUAAGCCUAGAAUUUUAGUGGUCCAGUGAUAUGCAUUUGAUUGACAAAGAAAGAGUUAAUACACAGUGCCUGACAUACUGAGCAAAGAAGCACCAGUGCCGCAAGAGGAGCAGGCUAACAGCAGUUCCCAACAAGGGGCCAUUGUUUUACAACCUUGCUUUCUCCAGGAAGCCCACUGUGCCACAUUAAUAUAUGUCCCUGUGGGCUGUGUGGCCCUCAGGGACAUGUUUUUGGGUGGCUCAGAGGAUUUCCUGGGGGAGGGCAUAAAAACAUGCCACUUCACACUGAACCGGUGCAGUUAGUUGGGAAGUGCUGUUAGCCUGCUCCUCUCACUGCACCACUGCAUCCUUACUGUCAGUCAGGCUCUCUUACCGCUAAGGCAGGGCUAUUCAACUUUGGCCCUCCUGCAGAUGUUGGCCUACAAUUCCCAUAACCACAGCUGGGGGGGGCAAAGUUGAGCAGGCCUGCACUAAGGCAUAACUAAUCCAUGUGUAACUCAACCACAAAACCAUUCACCUCUCUUGUCACUCUGAUCAAAGAUGCCCUUUAAAAAUCCCUGCAUUGGCUUUCUGCCUACUCCCUAAUCCAGAAAAAACUUCUUGUCCUUCCCUACAAAGCCUUCUGUGCCCUUGCUUCCCCCGCCUUGUUUCCACCCCUACAUCGAUAACAUCUCUGCCUGCACCUGUUUCUCUUCCAACUCCACCGUGCUCAGCCACCGAGAGAUCUCCUGCUCCCUCCGAAAAAAACACCCCGCCCUUCCUCCCUUGCUGCCUCUUCUGCUGGCAGUCCCUUCCCAGACACCUUCAUGACAAUGCCCCUCUGAAAACCCCAUCACACAACCUUCCUUUUAAAAUAUCUUGUACCUUUGGCACAAUGCAUUUAGCCCCAUACUUAUUUCAGGGAUUCCCAAUCAGAUUUUGUUGGACUCCAGCUUCCAUCACCCCUGCUACAAUGGCCAGAGACAGUUGUGAUGGGGAAUGAUGGGAGUUGUAGUCCACCAGCACCUGGAGGCCUAAGUUUUGGGAUCCUAUUUCCUACUGGAACUAAGGCUGCAAUCCUAUGCGCACUUGCUUGGGAGCAAGCUCUGUGGAACUCAGUGGGACGUACUUUUGAGUAAACAUACCCCAGAUUGACCUGCAAUCCCACUGAACACACAUCCUUCCCCUGCUUACCAUCCCAUCCAUAUUCCUUGCUUCCCUCUUGCCUUCCCUGUAUCAAAUUUUUAAUUGUAACCUCCUCAGGGCAGAUAACUUUUUUUGUAGUUGUUUCGCUUUCAAGCACCAUGUCCAUGGAUGGUGCUACAUUAAAAAACAAACAAGCCACCGAACAGCAAUAAUUAAUAAGUGAUCCCAGCUAGACAUUGGGAGGAAUUUGGUAAUCAUAAGAGCUACUCAACACUGGAACAGGCUGCUUUGCACAGUGGUGGGUUCUCCCGCACUGGAAGUUUUCAAAGAGAGGCUGGAUCUGUGAGGCAGGACAGCUCUCUGACAGCCUACAGCAGAUUUCUGCUUUGGUUGGACUAGAAGAUCUCCAAGAUCCCUUUCAACUCUACAAUUCUAUGAUUCACCCCAUUGUUAAUCACAGAAGGGUAUACACACUGAAGAUUACGGUUUUUGUUUUCCCCCAGGCUGUGAUACCAAACCGUGUCUUGUUACAGUUUUUCUAUGCAUUGUGCAGUCUGAAAAAUUAAUACAGAGAGAGUGGGGGGCGGGGCAGGGGUGGGGGGGCAGUUCUUCAUAUUCCCUUCAUCUGCACCUAGGGAGGGAGGAAUCAUUCACAUGCUUACCCAGCCAAUGACCAUCUUGCUGUGACACAACAGCUGGCCAUUAACCCCACACACACACACACACACAUCAUGCAGCAACCCUGCUUAGAGGCCUAGUUCAUUUGAUUCCUACCACCACCACCACCACCACCACCAUUCAUGCAGAAGGUCCUGGGUUCAAACUUCAAACCAUGGCCUGUCCAAUUAAAAGGGGUUCAGGUAGCAGGUGCUGGGACAGGGUUCCCCACCUGAGCACUUGGAGAGCUGCUGCCAGUCAGAGCAGACAACACCAGGCUAGAUGGGGCACUGCUCAGACUUGAUACAAGGGCACUUUGUACAUUGAUCAGGAGCAUCCACUGUUCAAUGGGAGAGCAGCUGCUUUGCAUGCAGAAGGUUCUAGGUUCAACCAUAGGCAUCUCCAGGUCAGGCUGGGAAAGACCCUUGUCUAAAAACUUGGAGAGCUGCUGCCAACCAGUGCAGAGCAGACACCCUGGAGAGCUGCUGCCAGUCAGUGCAGAUACCACUCAGUUAGUUGGACCAAUGCUCUGACUUAUUAUAAGGUGGCUUCGUAUGUUUCCCUUCAAGAAAAUGGGAGGUGGCUGCACCAAUAAGGCCUCCACACUAUGGGCUCAGCAUGGAACGCCUGUAUCAUGGGUUAUGUAAUGUGUGUGAUGAAGGAAGAUGUGCCCCCUCUUCUGUCCCUUCUCCACCUGGCCCUGAAUUCUGAAGUGGCCACGGAUUGGCCAACAUUACCUGGGCUCAUCUGGCUGUCCGUGCAAAAAGAAGGCCGAAGAUGAUCAAGCUAUUGCCUGCUGCUAUGUGGGACUUCCUUUUUGUCCUAGACUAGGGAAAUAACUAGCGCUAGAGAACUUGCCUGUAGCUAAGUGAGAUAAUGAUCUAUGGGGACUUGGAGUAGUGUUCCUAGCCUAUGACCUAUAUAAUCCUCUUGGUUUUUAUUAAAUUACCCGAGUUUUACUGCUCCUUGGCUAUGUUUUUUUUUUUUUUUAAUUCUUAUUCUUUUCUGUCUGAUAAAUAAACUUCAUUGAUUUUGUAA